AGGCAGGCAGACAGACAAGACAGGGCAGGGCAACUCAGCCUUUUAUAAUUCGAGAGUGUACUUGCAAUCAGUAUCUAACCAAGUGUUUAACAGAGUCUGACAAGGGCCCCAUUGUUUAGUCAGUCGUAUUUGAUUAUGGUUGGGUGCCACAAGUGCCCACAAAAAGACGCGAAUACCAAGGAUUUUUUGAAAUAUUAAUUACGCAUAGCUAACACGAGCGAAACGGAUAAAAGAAACCAAUUGCACCUGCCUCUAAACAACAUACAAACACAAUGGGAAAUUCUGGCGUCAAUAGCGGCUUUGCCAAAUGUUUUAUACUAUUUAUGGCACUAAUUAUAUUGCUUCAAGGAUGUGUGUACUUGGGACUCUCUAUAUGGGGUAUAGCAUUUAGAGAAUGUUCAAAAUCUACCACAGAUCUCUCCCAGGAGUCAUUCAAGUUUGCCACCUAUUUAAUUUAUUUCUUGACCGAAGACUGUGGAUAUCCCGAGGUAACAAAUCCCCUGUUAAAUGAUCCCUCGGUCAUACACGUCAAUUGGGAAGAUUCCGAAGUAGUAACCAAUCGUGAGUUUAUAUUCAUGAUUGUAUAUGCAGCAAUUAGUGCCCUAUGGAUAGUUACCUCACUACUUGUCAUCACUACAAUAUGUGGACCAGUGACAAAAAUUGUCAGGGGUUUGUGCUUUUGGCCUUGGUUUUUGGUAAUUAUCGCAGGCAGUAUUUUGGAUGUUGUUGCUACGGGAUUCCACAUUCAUGAUAUCGUACAUACCACUUCUGUCGAAAACACAUUUGAGUAUUUGGGUCUUUCGGCGGCACCUGGCAUCAUGGAUAUGUUAGAAAAUUUCGAUGCCUACUUUGUAACACCUGCUGUGGUAAUGACCUGCAUUAGUUCGCGCAUUGUCUUGAUUUGGCUACUGAAUAUUUUUGGAUCAAGUUUUUGCCUAUCUCUAUCAAGUGCUCUCGCCAAAAGGAACACUUCGACUAAGAGCAGUGUGACCAGCGCAAAUACAACAAGCACGGCUCCAGUUACUAUUCAACAAGAACAGCCCACUCGAGAAGUCCAAGUUAUGGCGGUGGCUGCGGAAAUCCAAAGUCAACAAAGAUCUGUCAGUCCAGAGCCACGAGACUCGCAACUAAUUCGACCCAAGCCACUGAUAAUACAAAACCCAUCAACAACUAGCAUUAACAGACAAUCAUCAAUGAUGACGCCCCAAAACAAUAGACCUUAUGAGUUGCAAUCGCCUACGGCUCCACCACCCACCGUGUAUACGCCAACAAAUGAACCAGUGACAUAUCGCAACACAGAAUCGCACCCUGACCGACUGAAUUAUCCCACACAGCAACAGCCAAAGACACAAUUAUAUCCCACACCACAAUUGCCAAAGACACCUGUCUACCACGAGGAGUUGUCGACGAUUUCACCCUUGAAUAGUCGCUAUGCAAAUUCUGAGAGUUUCUCACCACAACCUCAGCAAAACCAAAGAAUCAGUGAGGAACUGCGAGGCCAAUUGCCCUGGUCCUAUACCAGCAUUCCGCCGCCAACGCCAAAGAAACCACAAAUGCAUGUUUAUCCCGAAAUACCAGAGCCCGAUUAUGGCCAUUAAAAACAGCUAAUAUCCGAAGCCUUUGCUGGCCUAAAAGUUGCAUGGGUGAAGUGUGAUAAAAAUAUUAACUGAAUUAAUUGUAUUUGUUGUUUUUGGUUUGUUUUUUUGUUUUCUGUUAUUCUAAUCUUAUAAGCGUCAUUAUAGCACAUUACCAAACAUCAUUUAUUAUCAGUACUUUGGAAAUAAAUCAAAAAAAAAAAAGAAAUAGUUGUUCAAGUUAAGUUAUAGUUGAAUUAGAUUUGUUUUUUGUUGAAGAUAUUCUCUUAUUUCCAAUAAAGAUGAAUUCAAAUCAA